AUGAGACCAAACUACCGUCUGAACAUCUUUCAAGUGUCCAUCUUAGCAGCGCUCUUCCUCAGGUUGGAAGCUGAUAGUGAAGAUUCAGACUGUGAAGUUGAUCUUAAAGUGGCCCGUGACACAGUUUAUGAAACUGUCACUGGAGAAGACCUCAGGAUUAACUGCACUGUUGCUUUCUGCAAUAAUUCACCACCAACAGUCACCUGGUAUAAGCGAGAGAAAACUGACUUCCCUGUCGAUGUCAGCAGUCGCAUUAAAAUGGAAUGGGAACUUGUAAACCAUUCGUUUUUGAUCUUCCAAAACAUAUUCAGAAGCGACUCGGGUGUGUAUCAGUGUCAAAGUGGAGGCAUUGUGAGUCAUAACAUCAACGUCUCUGUCCACGAUGUCAAACUCACCACAGGUACAUGGACGACUUUGGAACCAGGAAAAUCCAGGGACACAAGAGAGCCGAACCACCAGCCCCCCCGUGAUGCUGCCACCACUCAGAUCUAAACGAUCAGUCGUCCUGAUGUCUGUGCCUUGAGAUCAGUCUGCGGAGUCAAAAUGAUUCAUAUCAAUGCUCGGCUUUGGUUUUAUGUUUUUCUAAGUAAUAUGCUUUGUGAAUUAUUGAUUCAGUUUUCAUGACCUAUUAACAAAAUAUGAACUUUUUCUUCAUAAUGAUGUGUUUACUGCCAUGGAUAUCGUUGAAUAUUACUGCUGGCUCCGCUUUGUGCUUCUGACUUCCUGUGAAUA